AGAGCCUCUAACAGAGAGGACAAGCUCUCCCUCUGGUCACUUGCUCUGCCUAGAUGUCAAGAGUCGUGUUCGACAUGCUUGACAGUGUUUUGUAGUGCCAUAGAUCACAGUACAGUUUUCUUAGUUUCAUAAGUUUUUUUUUUUUUACUUUUUAAAAGUUUGCUGAAGGUUUGUCCUCCGACAUCAGACGAAUGGAGAUGUCUCAUAGUUUGUUUCUGACUGACUGUUUGAUCAGCUCGUCCUCAGUGUAGGUUCAUUUCAGGACCUGCCAGUGAAGAUGCUCCUCUGGACUGGGGCUCUGUUUCUCCUGGUGCAGGUGGAGGGUCACGGAGACAACAACAAGUGUCCACGGAAAGAUCCAUCUCCUGGGGUACUGGUGCUGAGCCCGGGCAGCCAAGUCCUCCUACAUUGCCAUGGCGAUGUCAUUGUUGACAGAGUGUUGAGAGUCCAGGGGAAUUCCGAGAGACCUUUUACUGGGGCUCACCAGCAAAGCACGCAGACAACCUCAGAUGAGGGUCACAGGAUGCAAACGGCAGAGAGGUCUACUGCGACUUACCAUACGGAGACAGUGAGAUUGACACACCAUGAGGACAUGACCCCUGAAGAGACAAGCGUCACCCCCACUGAUGGAUACUAUAAUAAAAAUGGACUAACCACAUCUGGAGCUUACCAAAGGGAGACCGGGAGAACAUCUACUGAAGGGUUCCGUGGAGGGACAGACGGCACCUCUUCAGUGGGACAUGAUGAGCACACAGAAGGAACCCUACCUGGGGAACACAAGAGAGAGACCGGGGGGCCACUCCCAUUGGUCGACCAGGAGGAAGCUGUCAGCACAAGGCCACACAUGGCGUCCAGCACAUCAAGAGUGGGCUCCACAGCGGGCUCCAAGUCUCCUUUGCAGAAUGAUGUCACAACAGAGGGAGGAGCAGUGGAACUGGAGAGGCGGAGUUAUUGGACUCGGAAUGGAGUGCCGGUGCAAGGCAGUGCAGACAUGAGUGCUCUCACGCUGCCUCAAAUUGGCCGCCUGGAUGUGGGAAAUUACAGCUGCUACAGACAGGGGGUCCUCAUGAGCAGUGUGAAGAUCACACUUGGAACUCCACCAGUGAAGCCCAUUCUGUCAUGCUACAGGAGGUCACCAAAAAGUAAUACCCGCUGUGAUUGGACAUCGCCACAACCUCUAGAUCCCAUUCCCACGUGCCGAAUCCUGCUUGAAAAAAGCCGGCGUCACUCCGAAGUGAAGUGUUCGUACUCCGCGCUCCGCUCCCGCUGCUGGUGCGUUCUGGACCACAGGGCCUUGGGGAUGGACGAGAGUGUGUACGCGGCCAGGCUGUGUGUGACCAACGCGGCCGGCAACGCCACAAGUCCCGAGGUCCGCUUCACGCCGGCGAACUCCAUAAAGCCAGACCCUCCAGCUUCAGUGAGGGUCAAUGGAGUGGUGGGCGGGGAGAGGAUGCUGGGCGUGGUCUGGUCUUACCCCGCCUCCUGGAGCAGGGACUUCUACUUCUUACGCUUCCAGCUAAGGUACCGACCAUCGCAAAGAGAAAAGUAUCAGACAGUAGAGACUGAGACCCAGUCAUGGACCAUCACUGACGCACUGCCUCACACUGAAUACGAGAUACAGCUACGGGCCAUAGAGGAGUUUGGCAUCGGCCGCUGGAGCGACUGGAGCCCACCUGUAUACGCCCACACCUGGACAGCUGCUCUGGAGUUGACUACCACCCCUCCGGAUCCUUUGUGGAUUGAGUUUGAGGAAGGCUCUGGGUCUGGUAGAGAAAUAAUGAUGGAACCAGUCUCGACUGAUGACUCUUUUGACAUCGGCACCGUGUUGGGCAUCUGCGUGCUGGCAGGCUUGGUCAUUCUGCUGUCGGUUUAUGUGUUCAGACACAGGAUGCGCUUUGCGUCCACGCUGGGUAAGCUGGGUUCAGCUUCAGCCUCUGCGGACCCCCCUGCUGCCCGCCCCCAGCCCCCCGCCCUGGAUGAAGAGAAGCCUCUGAUGUCACCUGUCAGCCCCACCCCCUCACAGGACACCGUACAGCAUCAGUUCCCCCCUGUACAGGAAGAGAGUGGCCAGAACGUCCAUUUCCACAACAUGGACUACUUCCUGGUGCCCAAGGAAUGAAGAUGACGCAAAAGGACUCAAGCACACCUUUCCCUGAUUCGAAAUGAAUCCAACAGUUUUAGAAAGUUCACACUUGUGUUAUCUCUGCACCUGUUUACCUCAAGUUUGUGCUUAGCUUUUCAUGGCUUGGUUGUGGUAAUAUGUCCCCCCCCCCCCCCCCCCCAGCUUUCUAUCUGAGGAAAAUGGCCCUGAAUUGAUAGCAAUGAUGAAACAAAUAAAUAAAUAAAAAAAAUCUGGUGAGAUUCUCUAAAGCCUAAAGGAAGGUGCUCCGUGGUGUUCUGGUUAGCGCAUCGGGCUUGUAACCGGAGGGUUGCCGGUUCGAUCCCCGACCAGUCCACCACGGCUGAAGUUGGGCAGGCAGCUCACUGCUCUGGGUUGUGUGAUUCACCUCACUCUGUGUUCACUGUGUGCUGUGUGUUCACUAAUUCGGUUAAAUUGGGUUAAAUGCAGUGAACUGAAUUUCCCUCACGGGAUCAAAAAAGUAUAUAUUCUAUUCUAUUUUCUAUUCUCCAAUGCUUCCAAUCUACACCAGGCAAUCCUUUACAAAAUAAAAUGUUAUCUGAUAAUGCAGUCCCAUAAUCCCUUGCUGUAUAGCUGCACUGAAAGUGACACACAAUUUGGCCUUUCACAACAAAUAAGAUAGUCAGUAAAAAUCUAAAGCGUAAACAAACAUAACCAACACAACCAACAUAAACUAUGUCAAUAAUAUCAGUCAUUGCAUAAUUAUGUAGCCUAGUCUAAGUGUCAGAUUCUCUCAAUAAUGCAGGUCAUCAAUUCCUUUACAUCUUUCCUGAAAUUUCCUUAACUUCCUUUCUUUAUCUAGGUCAAGAAAAAGUUGUUAUGAAAAUACAUAGAAUGUAAUUUAUUGAGUAUUCAACCUCAGCCUGUGUAUAUUAUCAUGUGUAUGUGUUCCAACUUUAUUUUCUAUUGAUAAUUGACAGUCAAUAAAAUAUUUUGAU